ACUUUUGUCAAAUACAGGUAAAUAUGGCGGACCGGCUAACGCAACUACAAGAUGCUGUCAACUCGCUUGCAGAUCAGUUUUGUAACGCCAUCGGUGUUUUGCAACAAUUUGCUCCCCCUGCGUCCUUCAGCAACAUCCAGACCGCUAUCAACAAGGACCAGCCGGCCAACCCCACUGAAGAAUACGCUCAGCUGUUUGCGGCUCUCAUAGCCAGAACCGCCAAAGAUGUGGACGUUCUCAUCGACUCUCUGCCCAGCGAGGAGUCCACGGCGGCUCUGCAGGCAGCCAGUCUGCGGCAGCUGGAGGAGGAGAACCACGAGGCGGCCGCUCGUCUGGAGGAGGUGGUUUUCCGCGGCGACAUGCUGUUGAAGAGGAUCCAGCACGCGCUGGCAGACAUCGCCCAGUCUCAGCUGCGCACUCGCAGCGGAGCGAAUGGCCAGCCGUCGCCGGCCGAGUCCUGACUGGGUCGGAUUGAAGGGUUUUCCCUGCAUGGAGGACUGGGAAGGAACGAUGGAAAACAGGGGUGAAAAUAGGAGUGACAGGAUACGGAAUGAAACCCUCAAAGUCUCGCUUUGCUGUCAGACCUACAUUUCAACUUGCAAACCCCUGCUUUUGUAUGUUUUGUCAGUUUUCUUUUGUAUAUUUAUAACAGUGUGUGUUGUUUUUUUAUUUGUGGUUUGUCACGAGGGUAAAGUCUUUAAUAAAAAAACUCAUUUAAUUUGGUUAA